AUGCCGUUAUGUGUGGAGGCUCAAAGUAGGUCAGCCGACAUCUUGAUAUCAUUCUUACCUACCGACCGGCAUUCCGCUUUGUGCAAGAUAUUACAAGGAGAUGGUAUGUGUAUCACCAUGCGUGUGGCAUGGCUGACCAUGGAUCGGCUCAGAAGUGGCCGAGACAUUCGCCUCUCGACCGCGACCAUGAGAGCACUCAACUCUCGACGCCUACGGUCAACCACGAGCAUCCAUCGACUCGUGCCUCGUACGAUUCUCUGUCUCUUUCUUCUGCUCUGCGUCCUUCAUGACGCACGAGCGCGGAGUGUGCCUCACGAUGACAGUGACGUCAUCGCGGAUCAAGUGCACGCCAAGAUUUCGGAGGAACCUGUCGUGGAAGUGAGUGACCCUGAACCUGGCGGCUUGGAGAACGCGGAUCAAGCGCGAAGAAAGAGCCUGAUAGGAACGGAAGGAGACGAUGACGACGAGGAUGUUGGUGACAAAGAAAGGAAAGAUCCGGCGGUGGAGAUACUCGUCGAGGAUCCUGACAAGAUCCAGGUAGAAGCUGCUGGCGAUGAAGGUAGCGUGGCGAAGAAGCGACGAAGGAACGACGUGAGCCUUCCUGGUAAGUUUGUGUUGCAGGAUAAGGAGGAGAAUGUGCACAAGGACGAGGGUAUUCGGCGAUUUGAUGCUCAGGUGGAGUCCGACGAUGUUGAGGAACCGGGACAACGAAAGAUUUUAGACAUCAUAGAGGAUGUCCCCGAUUCACAAAAAACCGCAAUCGAGAAGCAAUUAGUCAACGUCGAGCAAUCGCCCGAGGAUAUGAAGAACGUGAAUGCAAAGCCUAGCGGCGAAGAUCAGGUGCAGCAAAAAGGAGAGACUUCCUCCGAUCUGAGAGAUAACUUGGAAAAUGUCGCAAGUUUAGAACAGGCAGAGAAAUUAGAUUUAAAUGAAAAAGAGACGGGACAGAUUAAAAAUUCAGCGACCCAUAAUCUAGAUGAAGUACGAAUCGAGAAUGUCGACAGCGUUAAUGAGGAAGUACGUAACGACCUGCGAAGCUUGAAACACGCGAACGAAAGUGAAAGGAAUCAAGAGGAGGACGUUGCCGAUGAAGCAUCAGAUAAUAAAGAUAUCAGUGUCAAAGAUAUCGAUCCGAACAGAGAGAAUAGAUAUUUAACUAGCUCGGCCAAGUCCAAGUAUAAAAGUUCAACUGUUUAUUUAAAUGCUGAAGAAGACAAUUCGCCUGGUCGAGAGCAAGAAUCGAUCGUGAACGGUCAGAUAAAGAAACUGAUAUCUAUACGAGACGACGCUCUUGAAUCAGUCAGCAGUGACGCAAAACAAAGCUCGGAAAAGCUUGAAGAAGAAAGUCUUCUUUCAGAAAAAUCGAUCGAGAUUGAUGCAGCUACCGCUGCAAAAGACAAAGAAAUUCGUAAUCAACGCAGUAGUGAUUCGGAAAAUAAAUCGCCUCAGAACGAGAAUAUUGAUCAAUCAUCUCCAAUAGUGGAAGUCCCUAAUCGUCUUCAAAAAUGGAAAGCUCAAGCUACAUUACUUCAGGAACAAAUGAAAAAUGGAACUUUGCUUCAAUAUAUAAGAGAACAAGCGACUGACGUAUUUUCUGACAUUCCGAAAUUUACAGAAAUCCAAUUGCUGGACACCUUGAAGAAUAUCGCGCUAUUCCGGAAGUCACCAUCGAACGAGACGUACCUGGCUACCUUGAAUGAGACUGAAUUGAACAAGAAUCAAUUGGAAAUAAUAAAGUGCGCCGAACAGUUGAUGGAGACGAAGCAGCGACAGUCCUUCGCAGCUAACAUGGUACAGUGCAUUCGCGGUCUCAGUAUUCUGAAUUGCAUGCGCAUCUUUGUCUGGCCCAUCAUACUCGACAACCUUCCAGAAUCAGUCGGCCAGUCUUUGCACAAUUUACCGAUCGAGAUAAACUUGAUCGAUCUGUUUCAAGGUAACAGAGCAAAAUCUGCGAGAUUUGAGAGCAACGUUUAUUAUCCGAGGUUGUUGACGCCGGAGGUCAUCGUCUUCAGUAUCCUAAGCGGUGCUCUAGAAUCGACAGCCACGUACGAUCAGUCGCCGACCUUCAUCGAUCCGAAGAACGAAACUCUGAGAAGACUUCUCACUGUCGGUCAACUUCAAAUUCUUCAGAUGUCCGAGAAACUUCUACCUAGUGAAAUACGCCGUGAAUACUCCGACCAGAUGUUUUCGUGCGUACGCAGAUUCGAGUACUUUAGUUGCAUCCAAUACUAUGCUUGGCCGAUGAUAAAGCAAUAUUAUCCGACCUUGCCGGCUUUCCCGGACUAUCAGAACUGGUAUCCAUCCAUAUUAUAUCCGCAAUAUCCCAUUGUUCCGUUUCCAAGUUUCGUAGAAGGCUCGGGCGAGCUUCCGGAAGUCGUAGAUGCCGAUGCCACAAGAAUCCAGAGACCGAAACCGGAAACGGUAAUCAUCAAUAUUCUUCAGAACACUCUGAAAGAACACGCGAAGGCACCGACUCCUUCUGUCAUUCAUAACGCUGAUUCUUAUGUCGCUAUACUUUCUCCAGAACAAUUAUUAUCGAUUCAUAUGGCCGAACAGCUUCUUCCUAUUCCAUAUCGACCAGAAUUUGUUCAGAAAACCGUGAAAUGUAUUCAAGAGUUAAAUUAUCUAACAUGUUUCAAAUAUUCAACAUGGCCGAUGAUCAGGCAAUUAUAUCCUUCUCUACCGGAUAUUUCCAAUUGGAUACCGGACUGGGAAUUUCCCGACGUCUUCGGUUUUUUCCCAAAUUUUCCGAUCCCGAAUUUACCCGAUUUUUCCUCGUUUUUCCCGGGAUUAGGUAGCGGAGGAAGUAGCGAAGAAAGUACCACCACCGAAAAACCAUCCGGUGGUUCUAUUCCAGAAGAACCACCAGGUCGUCUUUCCACGACCUUCACGCGUCAAAAUAAAAUUUCUUCCAAAGCAUCCAACGAAUUAGAGAACAAGGUCACGGAGAUCUUAACGGGAGUACGUAAUUCUAUGAGAACAAUACCGGAAAAUUCACAUCUAAUCUUAGGUAGAAACGUAAUAAUUCUGACGACCAUUACCGAGAAGCAACUCAACAUACUAAAAUUAGCGGAAAGCAUCGUACCGCCCCCCGCACGAGCUCCUCUUGUCGCACAAGUUCUAUCUUGUCUUCAGACAAACAAUGAAUUUAUUAAUUGCACGCGAUUUAUAAUUUGGCCCACGCUCUCUCUUUAUGUUCCUAAUUUCCCAGAAUUUCCCGAUUUACCGCCUAAGCACCCGUCUAAGCACCCGCAUAAGCAACCGCCGACACAAGAAGAUCAAACAUCCUUGAAGAACGAAACCGCUUCGCAUCCGAAUAUAAAAAAUCAACAAGAACUAAAUCAAUUGCAGAACGAGGCGAAUUCCAACGUAAAGAUUAUUUCCAGAACGAAAUUGCCGCAGAGUAAUAACAGUCCCGUGAUAAGUGUAACCGGUACUCGAUUUGUACCGAUAUUCACAGAACAUCCCGAAUCGGUAAUAUUCAAUAUUAUCAAGUUAAUUCAGCUAUCAUCGCCAAAUGUGCGAGAUGAUCACGUUGUCAAGCUUAUCAGCACGCGGCAGUUGACCAAUGUACUUAGUGAUCGACAGCUGAAUAUCGUUAAUACAACAGAAGCUUUGCUACCGGAUGCAGUUCGUCCUACCUUUGUCGAACGGAUGACAGAAUGUAUUCGCACGAGCACUUUCUUAGCAUGCUCGAGAAAUAUAUUGUGGCCCACUCUGGCGGAAUAUUUCCCUAGGUUGCCCAGCUUUCCGAAUUUCGAAGCGCAUCCUCAAGCAAACAGCGUCAAGUCCACCUUACCGCAGAAUCUGACUGACUCAUCACCGUUUUCAGAGACCGAUGUUAAGGUUGGCCAGCACGGAGACGCUACCGUUACCAUCACCGAUACUAGAUUCUAUCCCGUUUUCUCGGAACAUCCGGAAGGUGUGAUUCUGAAAAUUCUCAAGGCCGUGCAGAGCUCUACACCGGACGUUUCAUAUCCUAUGAUUACUUCGAGAUUGCCGGAAACGAAGAGUUAUUUUACAGAGCAGCAGGCUAACAUCGUUCAUGCUGCGGAAAGCUUGCUGCCGGAGUCGGUGAGAUCAGUUUUCGUAGGGCGAAUAGUCAAUUGUGUUCGAGAAAAUCUGUUUCUCGAUUGCACGCGGGAUAUAACUUGGCCAACUAUCGCUCAAUUCUAUCCAAGAUUGCCAAAUUUCCCUGAUUUUAGAAGCCGAAACUUGCCGAGGACGAAACUCGAUUCAUCGUCGAUUCUGCUACAUGACACUUAUUCGGAGAACGCGAAGAAUGAAAAUACGUUGACAACCGUCGACGCGAUCGAAGAUAAAAUAGAAAGUACAUUAAAAGAAUUGAACAAAGAUUUGACACUUCGUUCAGAGGGCUCGUAUUUGGACGCUAAUAAUCCUGUAAUAAACAAUCUUCUGACUCCUCGGGAAAUAAACAUUGUCAAAUUAACUGAAAAAGCGAUACCGGAUUCGAUUCGUCGCGCAUAUGUAAUUAAUAUGCUAGAAUGCAUAAGGAGCAAUAACUUUAUAACUUGCACUGAGCAAAUUAGUUGGCCGACUUUGAAGCAAUUCUCACAAGCUCUGCCGAAUUUUGAGGAGUUGCUCGGCCAGUUUCAAAUUCCUGGUACCGGUCAGAUUCCAGGUAUAGGUCAACUUCCUGAUGCCGGUCAGAUUCCAGGUAUAGGUCAAUUUCCUGGUGCGGGUCAAAUACCUGGUAUAAGUCAGAUUCCGAAUUUUCCCGGACUAGACAAUACUUUCGCUCAAGGCCCUAACUUUCCUCCAAUUCCCUCUCAAAUCCCUCAAAUCCCUCAAAUCCCUCAAAUUCCUCAAAUUCCUCAAAUCCCUCAAAUCCCUAUGUUACCGGGCGGAAUUCAAAUUCCUCAGUUUCCAGGAUUUCCCAGCUUCGGUGGUAUAAAUCAACCGCAGUUUACAAUCUUGUCGGAUUCAUCGCAAGAACCGAAGUUGCCGGAACAAACGAUUCUUCAAGUUUCGAGUCAUUCUUCAGUCGCGGAUGAUGAGAAGGCGAACCAGAUAAGUGGAGAGUCGAGGGCUGCGAAUACUCCGUCAGUAGGUGAAAUGUUAUCGCCGCUACUGUUACUGGGCAUGGCCCUGUCCGUAAUAGGCGGCUACGUGCCACCCGGGCCAAGAUUCGGAUGUCCAAAGGACGCGAUUUACAUUUAUCCCUGCACUUGCCUACGGGGUAGCGACAGGGGUUUAUACAUCCGCUGCGAGAAUACGAAUCUGGCCAGUCUCAGCCUCGCCUUCACGAAUCUGGGGAAUGAGGGCAUGCCGAUCGAGGAACUGGUUCUGUACAAGUGUAACAUAGUACGAUUUUACGGGCCUGCCCUAUAUCCGUUGGACGUGCGAGUGUUGAGGUUUAUUGAUACGCCGCUGAGAUUGAUCGAGGAGCACAGCUUUCUCGGAGUGAACAGGACUCUACAGGAACUCCAUGUGAUAAGUAGUAAUUUAGAGAAAUUUCCACGCGAAGCGUUGCAAGUUCUUGGUAAUCUCAGCCUAUUGAGCAUCACCGGUCACCGGAUGUCCACUUUGCCAGGGAAUAGUUUCAGUGAAAGCGCGGCUGCUGCGAAGCUGGAAACAUUGGAGAUCAGUAACGGUACGUUAUCUUCUUUGCCUGCGGAAGCACUGACACCGGUUAAGAAGUUGAAAACACUUGAUCUUCACGGCAAUAAGAUAAAAGAUCUAAAGAGGAAUCAGUUCAAAGGUCUGAGAGAUACUGAAUUUUUGGAUCUCUCUCAUAAUUUGAUUGAUAAAUUGGACGCUUCUCAUUUGGGAGAUCUCGUCAAGAUGGGAUGGUGCAACAUGUCGCACAAUGCUAUCGCCGAUUUGAAGAGAGGAACCUUCGCCCGAAAUUCUGUCUUGAAGGUCCUGAAUCUGAGCCACAAUAAAAUCAGAAAGUUGGAUUCCAAUACUUUUCGCGGCAUGCGUUUUCUUAGACGAUUGUAUCUGAGUGACAAUCAAGUCGACGACGUGGGUCGUGGGACCUUCAGUUCUAUUACAAGGAUCGGUACCAUCGAUCUCUCUCGAAAUUUCAUCAAAAAGAUCGACUUUCAAAUGUUCAAUCAGCUGCAAUUUGCUGAGCUUUUAGACGUUUCCGAGAAUUUUGUGACAGUCAUAGAAAAACUGGCGUUCAAAGAUAUUUACUUGGCAAAAGUGAAUCUGUCUCAUAAUGAGAUUUCUAAGAUCGAAUCAGGUGCCUUCGAGAACUGCGUGAAUAUUACGUUACUGGAUCUCAGUCACAAUAAACUCGAGAAUAUCUCUAAAUAUUCUUUCGAUAGCGUCUCGUACGCUAUGGAAUUUCAACUCAGUUAUAAUCUAUUCACAUCUCUCAAUCAAAUUCCGUUACACAACAUGACGGGAUUGAAAGUGUUAAACGUUUCUCACAACCUGAUACACUCCAUUCCACGGCAGACCUUUCCUAAGCUCUACGAGCUCCACACGAUCGAUAUCUCGUACAAUAAUCUAUCCGAGAUUUAUAACGCCGUAUUUCAGACGCUCUUCAGUCUGCGAUUCUUGAAUCUGUCGCAUAAUUCUCUGGAGAAGAUAAAACCGUCGACUUUCGGGCCGUUGCCGACGCUUCUGGAGCUCGAUAUGAGUUAUAAUCAAUUAAAUGACGUUUCGAGGGGAAGUCUCACUCGGCUAGCUAGCUGCAGGAGCUUGACAGUAAGAAACAAUCGUCUGACCAAGAUUUUCCAACUGCCAAUUUCUCUAGGCCAUUUGGACUUCUCGGAAAAUCUUCUUGAAGAGAUUCCUAGCACCGACGUGUGGCCUACUAUGAAUGCAUUACUUUCAUUAGAUCUUUCGCGGAAUCAAUUGGGUGAUAACUUGCAAGAGGGGAGCUUCGAAAAUCUGUUGACUUUGAGGAUAUUAAAUCUGGAAGCGAACAACAUCACGAAGCCGCCCUGGCAAGCGCUGAGCGGUCUAAGCAGUUUGCAAUAUCUUUAUUUACAAAAUAAUUACAUGACGAAGCUCGAGAAAGCCGCCUUCGGUCGUUUGCCGAUAGUGUUCGAACUUAACUUGGCGAAUAACAAGAUAACUAAUGUAACGAGUCGUACAUUCGAGGGGCUGUUGCAAUUGUUGACACUGAAUUUGACAAACAAUAACAUCAGCCACAUACCGAACGGCGCGUUUCAGGGUCUCGUGUCUCUGAGAACUCUCGAUCUAUCGCACAAUAGAUUGGAGAAGCUGGACAACAAGACUCAUGGAUUGCUCGAUGACUGUCUGUCUUUGGAGAGGCUCAAUCUUAGCCACAACAAGAUUUCGUUUAUUACUCGAAAAACUCUGCCAAACGAUCCCUGGAUCCCUUACAGGCUAAAGGAAAUCGACUUAUCUUACAAUACUAUGCCAGUUGUGACCUUUGAUCUCAUUGCUGGCGCCAAGAAGAUUCAAUACUUGAAUCUUUCUCACAACAAUAUUAAUGAAAUUAGGAGAUAUGUAAUCGGAAAUUUAACAGCUUUGGAGACUCUGGAUCUGUCGCAUAACGACUUAAGUGACAUCUCCGAUCAAGAUAUUUUUCUACCACCGUUAAAUUUAACCAACUUAUAUCUGAGCAACAAUCAUCUAAGCUAUGUGCCUCUCGAUAAGAUUUUACCGUUAGCGAAAUUAAAAAUUCUCGACUUAAAAGAGAACGAGAUCGGCGUUUUCGAUGAGAGAUUCAUGAAGAUUGUCAAGAACGGCACGGUUCUCAGAUAUUUUGGAAAUCCCAUGCACUGCGAUUGUCACGCUCGGCCGUUAAAGAGAUGGCUGAAGACUCAAACGCAGCUUCCAACAGAAUGGUUGAACGUGACGUGCGAGAGUCCGAAUUAUCUUUCAAACAAAUUUAUCUCGGAGAUAACCGAGGAUCUCAUGAGCUGUGGCGAGAGAGAGAUUCAAGAGGAACCCGAACUCGAUAUCACACCCGACGUGAAAUAUCGUAGUAUUGACUACAAUAAUGAGGACAAUACCUGGAAAGCGACGUGGUUCGUAACGUCGCGCGAGGAUAUUGGCGAUUUUUACGUGGUGGUUCGAGAAUCCGGCAGCAGCAAAUCUAUGAUCGAGAAGGACGUCGUUUACAGCGAACGUUCCUUCAGGAUCCACGAUCUGACAGAAUCGAACACCAAAUACGAGCUCUGCGUGCUCGCGCGCGAUUCCGAGGGAAAUGUCAAGCACUAUAGGAACUCGCAAUGUCAGAUCUUGAAUCAGGAUAGCUCGGGCUCUUCCGUUACCUUCAGAACGAGUCUGUACUUUGUGAUAGUCGUUGCUUCCUUCUCUAUUUUUAUGUGAAAUUGUAUUAAUAUGAUAAAAAUAAUAUUCGCAAUUUAGGAAAAUAUUUUACUCCAGCAGAGAGUAAAAUUAAACACAGGUAAAGUAAAGUAUUUUAAAAAUAUGUGAUAAAUUAAAAGGCCAACUUAACGAGCU